CUUGAAGUGAUUAUAUGGAGAAGCACAUCUCAUAAGUGACAAAAUCACUUUUAAACGAGCCCUUAUUUGUCAAGAAGCAAGCCGAAUAUUUGUACUUUGGGUCGGUCGGGUUGUGGUUACGCACGGACACCCCCGCCUAAAUCUCCCAUCAUAAAUAAAAGAGUAGAAAGCAAACACCCGGAGGUUAAUUGGGAUUUCUUUCUUGUGCCCGCACCAUUUUCUCGACCUUUUUGUAAUUUCCGGUCCUUUGGUUAGCUGCCUGCUUGCUUGCCUGCCUGCCACAAGGGGGGGUGUGAGGGAGGGUUUUACAGUAGCCAGCCACCAAACACCUCAAACAAUCUUCAAUCAUCUUCAUCUCAAACUCUGUUCAUCGUUCCGUUGCCAAGACUUCAACUUUCAAGUAAUGGCCAUGGAAGAGCCAAAAGACCCGUUCAAAGGGGUGGAUUGGAAAGCUGUUGGUAGUGACAUGCAGAAGGACCCCAGUGUUAAGCCGGGCAUAAAGAAGCGGCUUCCUAGAAAGAUUAGGCAGAUCCCAGAUUGCUAUUUUCUUCCUCGAAGAUCCCUACCCUAUAACAUUGCAUUCUUUGGAGCAUGUAUUGCUGGUGGCAUUGGCGCUGGGAUGCUGCUGGAGGUCUGGAUAAACAAGAAAGUUAAAGAUGAUGGAGGAGUCAUAUGGGAGUUUGACAAAUGAAGCCUAGAGAGAUGGAGUUGUUAAUGUGAUGGCAUUACAAAUUUCCCCUCUACUCUCUCUGCCUCUUUGCUCUUUCAGAAUAUUCUUAAUGAGAGAUAAAAAGCUGUAAAGACAACUGAGUUUGGUUUCUAUGCUAAUAUCUGGUCUUGGCAUUUUGAUAAUGAGCAUACUAUAUUGUUUUGAUAUCGGCUCUCCGUUCUGUUUCAACUUUGAUUUUCAGAUUAUAAGAACUGAUCA